AUGACUGACAAACACAAAUAUAAUUGUAAAAGUAAGUUGAAUUUAAAACAGUUACACCUUAGUCUAGUGUCAAAAUCAUCAAGCGCUACAACGACAGAAUUUAAUGAGUCAACAACUGUCAAGCCUUCUGGUAAUCUGGAACUUGGUGUAUACUGUAAGCAAGAAGAUGCUACUAAAGCUGAACUUAUGUGGACCAUGAAGAGUGUAUUGUGCAAUAUGUCAGGCAGUUCAUGUGAUGGACUAGUAGAAUUAUUUAAAGCUAUGUUUCCAAAUGCAGUUCCUGAUAAAUUUAGUCUAAGUCGCUCAAAGAUGUCUUACCUAAUUACUGAUGCUUUAGGUCCUCAUUUCAGACAGAUUGUUUUAGAUGGAAUUCAAAACCUUUCAACAUACUAUACGCUUAUGUACGAUGAAACCACCAACUCUGAAAGUAAAAAAGAGUUACAAGUUGCAGUACGUUAUUGGUGUAACACAAAGAAAGAGAUUGUUGUAAGCCAUUUAGAAACUUUUUUUAUUGCUUCUGCCACAGCGGUAAAGAUUGAAGAAUAUUUGAUGUUGGCAUUAGACAAUGCAGACCUUCCCAAAGAAAAGUUACUAAUGUUAGGCUCAGAUGGACCAAACGUUAAUAAAAAAGUGUUUCGACUUGUAAAUGAAGGAAUAAAAUCUAUUAGAGGUCAUGGACUAAUUGAUAUUGGUUCAUGCAAUAUCCAUAUAGUACACAAUGCUUUUCUUAAAGGUCUUGACAGUUAUGGAUCCGAUGUAUCAGAAUUUGUUAUACUUGUUUAUUAUUUUUUUAAAGGGUGGCCCAAGCGAUGGGAAGAUUAUUCAGUCAUUCAGACUGAAAAAGGAAUUCCAGCCCACCGAUUUAUAAAACACUGUUCUUCGCGUUGGCUUACAUUAGGUGCAGCAGCUGAAAGAAUAUUAGAACAAUGGGAAGCAUUAAUGCAUUACUUUAAAAUAUUUGUACCCAAACAUAGAAAUGAAAUCUUAAGAACUCCAAAAUUUUUAAAAAUAUCUUCAUUUAUAAAACUAGUCGAAUUAAAACCGGAAAUUAUUUUUGUUGUAAAUAGCGCAAAAAUGUUUCAACAGUUCACAUUGACAUUUCAGCGUCAAGAACCUUUGAUACAUGUAAUGUACGAUGAACUUUGGAAACUUUUAAUUACUAUUUGA